AGAACAAGCUCCUCCUCCCGCACAGACCAUAGGCCUGUCUGGCAAGUCCUCACUUCGGUCCACGGGGUAGACCAGUGUCUGUGCCGCCGUCCAACACUCCUGCUGCGCUGCAGGGAUUCUUUAGGCGCUGAUCCCCGCUGCCGUCUCUGGAUCAUCGGUGCUUGGUGAAUUAAGAACCUGAGGGCAACUUCUGCCUCUCCCUUUCUUUUCGUUUCUUGUCCAGGGGUUGCGUCGUCAUGGCGACCUCUCUGAUCAGCCGUCAGCUCGUCCUCUCCCUCCAGAAAAACCUGUGGCUCAGCUCUUCAGGGUGCAGAUAUGUCAGCAAGGCGGCGGCGAAGGCUGACAUGGAGUUCGACUACGACGGACCGUCCAUGAAGACUGCAGUCCCCGGGCCACGAUCACUAGAGCUGACGAAACAGCUGGGAGAGAUCCAGAACGUUGGGGCCAUCAACUUCUUCUGUAAUUAUGAGGAGAGCAGAGGAAACUACCUGGUGGACGUGGACGGCAACCGCAUGCUGGACAUCUACACUCAGAUCUCCUCCAUCCCCAUUGGCUACAACCAUCCUGCUCUCCUGAAGCUUAUGACCAACCCCAACAAUCUGAGCACGUUCGUGAACCGACCCGCUCUUGGGAUCCUGCCUCCUGAGAACUUCCCGGACAAAAUCACUGAAAGUCUUCUCACAGUGGCUCCAACUGGAAUGACUCGUGUUCAGACGAUGGCGUGCGGCUCUUGCUCCAAUGAAAACGCUUACAAAGCGAUGUUCAUCUGGUACAGGAACAAGGAGCGAGGCCACAACACGCCAUCUAAUGAAGAGAUGAGCUCCUGCAUGAUAAACCAGUCCCCCGGUUGUCCAGAUCUCAGUAUUUUAUCCUUCAUGGGAGGUUUCCACGGAAGAACAUUGGGUUGCCUGGCGACGACACACUCCAAAGUGAUACACAAGCUGGAUGUGCCAUCGUUCGAUUGGCCGAUCGCUCCGUUUCCGAGGCUGCAGUAUCCCCUGGAGGAGUUCGCCAGGGAGAACGCACAGGAAGAGGCUCGCUGUCUGGAGGAGGUGGAGGAUCUGAUCGUUAAGUGGAGGCAGAAGGGGAAGCCGGUGGCAGGGAUUGUGAUCGAACCGAUCCAGGCUGAAGGUGGAGACAACCACGCCUCGGUGGACUUCUUCAAAAAACUCCGUAACAUCGCACGCAAGCAUGGUUGUGCUUUUCAUGUGGACGAGGUUCAGACUGGUGGGGGCAGCACAGGGAAGUUUUGGGCCCACGAGCAUUGGGGCAUGGACGACCCGGCCGACAUCGUCUCCUUCAGCAAGAAGCUUCUGACCGGGGGCUACUACUACAGGGAUGAACUACAGGCCGAUAAGGGUUACCGGAUCUUUAACACAUGGAUGGGCGACCCAUCCAAGAACUUGUUCCUGUCCGAGGUCCUCAAUGUGAUCCGCAGAGAAAACCUCCUGGAGGAAGUGACCCGUUCUGGGAAAGCCUUGCUAAACGGCCUUUAUGAAUUACAGGCUCAGUAUCCCGGCUUAUUGAGCCGAGCUCGAGGACAGGGGACCUUCUGCGCUAUUGAUCUCUGUGACGACAAAACACGCGACAAGGUCCUGACAAAGGCCAGAGACAAAGGUGUCCUCCUCGGAGGGUGCGGGGACCGAUCGAUCCGUUUCCGCCCAGCGCUGGUUUUCAAAGAGUACCACGUCCACAUCUUGCUCAACAUCCUAAACGACGUGUUGGCCCAGCACAAAUAAAUGAACGGAGGGCGUCUGAGUACAACUACGCUAGCUCGAGUUAAUCGUGACUGGAGGGAAGGAAGCUCCAGACAGUCUUAUGUCAUAAAAAAGCACAAUCCACACAACAAUAUAUCCUAUAAAACCUCUGUUUGAACAUCCUGGGCCUGUAAAAAAAUAAAUAAAUUAAAAAAGUAAUAGUACGAUAAUAAUAAUUGGCUGUCCCUAGUUUAAAAACGAUAACGACGUCCUCUUAAAUGUGCUGCCGCAAAGAUAAUGAUUUGGAGUAGGUGUUGGAAUAGCUGAGAAUUCUGUUAAAGGUUCAUUUUCUGGGAAAUAAAUCUACUGAAGUGACUCCCAUCUGGAGUCGUGUUUUAACAUGCAGGCUGAUUUUAACUAUAAGUACCUUGGGUGUAUGUCAGCAAAUGAAGGAACCCCUUUACUGAUCCAUGUAAAGGAAACUUUUUACUAAAUAGGCCAUGUCAGCCUCUACUGGAGGCAUUAAGAUCCCAAACAGUAGCAAUUUUAAUUUAAUUUCAUGGUUUAAGAGGUAUUUCCGUAAGUCAAUCUAAAAAAACCUGUAAAUUUGUGUUCAUCGCUCCAUUUUUUUUUUUUUUUUGUGGUGAUGUCUUUGUCUCUAUCGCGGAAGGUGGCCACCCCCCCACUCAUUUGAAAGAAGCCUCGAUGCGCACAACGCCUGGCCUUUUUUGAGUCUCUGAGGAAGUCUUGAGAUUCUGAGGUUUAGACAUCAGAUACAGCACCACAACAGAUAAAUGUAAAUAACAAUAUCCUGAAUCUAAUGAACUGGAAUAAAAGCCUCAGAACGGAGCGUUGCAUACAGCUUGUUUUAGGGCUCAUAUGCCAGCAUCCACUCACCACCAGACUCCAGACCAAACCUCGUAGUUUGUGGUAAAGAAGCCGUCCUGAAUGCAGAGGAACACGCUACAAAUUUACAACGAAAUUUACCAGCUUGCAUGUCAUUUACAAUUCUGUCCAUUUGAACUGCCCAAUAAUAAUAAUAAUAAUAAUAAUGAUGAUAAUAAUAAUAAUAAUGACUGUUGUGUGUUGUUCUUAAUACGAAUGACUUUUUCAGCUUGAAAUGUUGUAGCCCAGAAAAAUGUGAAUCUAAAAUGGACCAUGAAAAUGUCAUAGAUUUAGUGCCUGCAUGUUUCUUAAAUGUGCUUUUUUUAUUUAUUUUUUUUUUAAAUUUUUUUUAAUUUUUUUUUUUUUUUUGCUCAAAUCAGAGCAGCCGUCAGUGACCUUUAAGUGAACACAUUCGUUUAAUUCUUGAACAAGAGCUUCAUUUCAGUUGCUAGAUUUGAUUCUGCGUUUCCCACUUCUGACCGGAAUAAUAUUCUACAAAUUUGAAAUCACACACUAUAUAAAAAGUGCAGUCACAUUUAAUAUUAUGAACUUGUGCUGAUACUACAAGCAGCUGUCCACCUUGCAAUAUCAGGUUACAAGCAUUCAUCCAAAUGUAGAGUUCUUGCUAAAGCUUUUGCAUUGAUUAACGUCAAUUCUGUGUCGACUGGGUUUGUUGCUGUUGCUGUGUGGGAUUGUCUUAUCCACUGAAAACAAUCACAACGCUAAAAAGCCCAUUUGAACCUUUGCGACGUGUCCCACAUUUGCACAGAGCCCGUCCGUGGACCUGUGCAGAGGGUGAGACGAAUCAAAACAGGGCAAACUGUGGCUAACAGUGGCUAGCUGACCUUUAGUCACAGGUUUAUCAUUCAGGGUGGUCUAUCAACACGGUGGAUCAUGGGUAAUACAAAGCUGCGGGUUAAGUCUAUCAAAUAACUUUACAGCACAAGUUUUAUAAAACACUUGCCAUUGUGACUUUGUGGAACACUUUGGACCUCCAGCGGUGUCUGUGAAGCUUUUAGGCAAGUUUUAGGGAUGUGAACAUAGAUGGUGUUACCGCGUUAAUUUCUUUCUCGUUAACAUAAUAUAAUCUAAUACAAAUGUGUAUAUGAAUCUAUAUGUACAUCUUUCUGCAAUCAUGUUGCAUAAAUGAUAUCCCACCCGAUGUAUUAAGCAUAGUUCACAGAGUCGGUUUGUCUCGUAUGAGUUGCAUUUAGUACUGAACAUACUUGUAAUGAAGCAAAGAGUGCCGGGUCUGUAGGAUGGUGAUGACGACAACAGUGCCUGUCUCCUUGUUGUCAGUCCAGUAUUACUUAGUGCAUCUGUAAUAACCUUCUUUAUAUUAAAUACUAAUAAUAAUUUCCAGUUAACUACUUGCACUGGUGAUCUGAGGUAGAUGAUUAUUGAUGUAAUUACUUUAGAUGGCUCUAAAGAUUGUUGUCUAUGAAGCAUUAUGUCCAUGUUCUGUGAUAAAUAAAUGUUUUGAGUAACUUAA